AUGAGCGGAAGAGGCAAAGGAGGAAAGGGUCUGGGAAAAGGAGGCGCUAAGCGUCACCGUAAAGUUCUUCGUGAUAACAUCCAGGGCAUCACCAAACCCGCUAUCCGCCGUCUGGCUCGCCGUGGCGGAGUGAAGCGUAUCUCCGGUCUGAUCUAUGAGGAGACCCGCGGUGUGCUGAAGGUGUUCCUGGAGAACGUGAUCCGUGAUGCAGUCACCUACACCGAGCACGCCAAGAGGAAGACCGUCACCGCCAUGGAUGUGGUCUACGCCCUGAAGAGACAGGGACGCACCCUGUACGGUUUCGGAGGUUAAGAUAACGGAUCCACAUCAAGACCCCAAAGGCCCUUUUAAGGGCCACCCACAAGACCUGAGAGUUUACGUUCCUAUAAUUGGUGUAUUACCUUUUUUUUGGCAUGCAGUCGUCAGCUAUUAAUGUUUCUCAUAAACAACUGAGUCUAGUGACAUUACAUGUCUUAAUUAUUUUCAUAACCUGUCUUUAUUAUAGUCUUGUGUGUGUGUGUGUGUAUGCACUCAAUAAUCAAACCACUCUACUGUAUUCUAUAGUAGGAGUGGAGGAGAGCCCAUAUGUUGCAAGUUGAAGUCUUUUCUAUCAAAUCUGAAGCAAGUCUAAGUACUUUGGUCUUAAAUCUGGAGUCAAGUCCAAGUCAACACAGACAAAUGAGGUCCAAAUCCUCAAAUUUUUGUUUCAAGUCCCAACCAAGUCCUUACUUUUUCUUUAAAGUCAAAAACAAGUCAUCAAAGCCAUAAACCAUUUUGUUUUAUGUAAAGACAAUAUAAAAAAAAAAGUAAUGCUUUUCAAGAGCCAAUACAUGAGUACAUCCUACAUUCCAUACAUCCUUGACUAUUUAUCAAAUCUUCCUUACUCUUUAAUUUCCCAGAUUAUCAUGCUUUAUAAAGAAUGUUUUGAAUUAUUGUGCUAAUGUUUGCAUUAUCAUCCUGGAGGAAAUCUGCAGACCUCAUACUGGUGGGCCAACAGUAUUACAAAUAUGAUUUGAUCUCGCGGGCUAGAUAUAAUUGUUCCAUGGGCCAGAUUUGGCCCCUGGGCCUUGAGUUUGACACCUGUGCCCUAUUCAGUGCUCACCAGCCCCAUCAGUUGUCAGAGUUAAACUGUGACAGCCAAGUCAUUUCAGUUAGAUAUUUAAUGUUUCCACAGCAUGGAUUAAGCAGUGAUAGAAAAUGGAUGGGUGGAUGUGACCACAACAUAGAAGAGUGUUUAAUCCCUGUGCAAUAACAAUAAAGUCUAUAGUGUUGAUAUGAUACAACUCUGCUCUCCCUGUUUAUUCCUGAUUAAUAUUUGCUAUCUGUUUUUAGUGAUGGUGAGAUGAAGCCUUUUAAACAAAAGAUCAGAGCCUGUGUUGGUCAUCCAGCUGUUGAAGUGGUGAAUGGUCAUCUGAGUCUUUAGCAGGGUCGUUGACCUAGUUUCAUCUGGGAGCAUGUCCUCUCGGGUCUCCUUAGAUUUGCCAUGAUCCUGCAUUAAAGUGUAUCAUUAUUAUUUCACUCUCUCUCCUAUUGCUCAAGCUUUUCCUUUUACCUCUCUUUCAUUCACGAGUGCCUCUAUCUCUUUUUUAUUUCCAAACAAAUAUUCACCCUUUUCUCAUCCCUCUCUAUCACCUGGCACAAGAUCUGAGCCCAACCCCAACCCAAGCCCUCUUAUCGUUUUUUGGUGACCUUCCUGUCUCAGGGGAGGGAGGAGAAACCAACACUAUGUCCUGGUUGGCAGAGUCAAUGGUAACGUCCUUAGGCCUCAUCCAUAGGUGCAACCCACCUCUAAGAUGCAGCAGAGGUUAACUAACUUAAAGGGAUAUUCCGGUGUAAAAUUAAUUUAGGGUCAAACACACCGUAACACCAAGUUAGACACCUCCUGGAGAGAUGAAUGUUGCCGACCGCUUGCUUCUCUAGUUAUAACAACUUUAGUAAUGACCGCACGAUAGCAAAACACAGUGGUCUGAGGAAACCAACCAAGCGCUCAACCAAAACACCACUCUAUAGCCACAAAUAAUGCUCAGAACAGCACCUAACUUCAUCAACAGGACAUAUAGGGUCCCAGCCAUAGUACUAGACAUCAAACUUCUUUUUAGCUUUGCCUGAUUUCUUUAGCAAAGAGACUAAACACAACUCACCUACUCUCCCAAAGCAGCUGCUUCUUUUUUCGGGGAGCCCUGGGAAGGACAUUUAUGAUUAUUACUUCAUGGAAAUGCAAUCAGACAGAGACACUAAGGCAGAAGAACUACCGCGUCUGCAGUGCAAAAUGAUUAAUAUGAUAAAUAUUACUUCAAGGAAAUGAUAAAGUAAUAAUCACACACUUUUUAUGAUGUCAGGAGCUAUGGAUAAAGAAUUUUCGGUAUUGCCGGAGUAUAAAUAUAAGUACAAGCUUCCUCCUACUUAGUUAUCCUCAUACUUAGACCAUGAAAUGUUGAGACAGCGAAGUCGAGCAAAGAUGGGCAAUGCUUCAGGCAUCAAAUUGAAUCAUCAAAAUGAGUGAAUAUUAAAAAUAAAUUAAAAAAAAAAAAAAAGGGCAGUUAAUUUUAUUAGUUUGAACAUCUGUAAAAGUAUGUUAGAAAUGAUUUUCGAAUAAUUGUGUGUGUUUUUUUUUUGUUUUGUUUUCAUAUUUUACACAUGUCCCGGCUUUAUUGAAAUUAUGGUUUGUAGCUGAUCAUGUCUGCAUGUUUGUUAAAAUUCGAAUAAAUUAGGCAGGUAAUGGGAGAAGGAUGAAGUAGUCCAGCUGGCAUUUAGAAAAGAGUCAUUUUAAAAGUUAAACACAUGGACCUUGUAAGUUAUGUUUAAAACCAGAAUUAAGUUGUAUAAUAAUAAAUCAAAAAUAUUGCUUAGACUGCCACUACAUCAGGGUUUACAGAUAUUUUUCAAUCUCAUUCAUACAACAUGGUAUAUAUGUAAUGUAUAUGGUCAUUUUAUGAAUACAUUUAUACAUACAUCUAUACAUCUAUACAUCUAUACAUCGAUACAUCUAUACAUCUAUACAUACAUACAUACAUACAUACAUACAUACAUACAUACAUACUGUGUCUCCCCCACACUGAGAAAUUGUGAGUCUGUUUCUAACUUUGUUCUCAUUGUCAAAAUGUUCCUAAAUAAGAUAAUUUUUAUUCAUUCUUAUGUCAAUAAUAGCAGAAACGUCCACAGUGACAGAGAAAGCAGCUCUGAUGGUCAGUCUGCAGCACCAGCAUCAGCCCUCCUCGGUGUGUUUGCUGUGAUCGAUAUAAACAGGUUUUAUUAAAAAUUCCUCUUUAACAGAUGGGUGUUUUUCGCCUGAGUCGCUAAACAAACAUGUUGACAAACGGGAAAACACAUUUUCACAGUACUCUUAUGCAUUUGCUAACGUUUUAAGAGAAAUAUAAGAGUGAAAAGUCGCUGAGCAGCGCUGCUCUCGGCGCUCAAUCUGUGAGGUUUGGAGGCUCCACAGAGAAAAAAGAGCGAGCAGCAGAGCUCAACACGACUUCAACCCGGGGAGACACAAGUCCGCUAUCUGCUCCUGAACCCGCAGCUCUGCACACAACCUCUACAUUGAGUUUGGAGAGUUUAAUCGCGGCACAGAAAACACAAGUGGUCGGACAUUCAGGCGGCCCGGCGGAGACGCUGCUCGGCUUGAGUCUUUACGGUUCUCAUGGUGUGUUUAAGAGCAGCUCCGUGCCUCACAGCCGUCAGACAGUUGAAUCACUCUGUGCACGACUCGAAAGGGAAACUAUGGCAGAAGUAGCUCCAGCACCCGCCGCCGCCGCCCCGGCUAAAGUGGCUAAGAAGAAGGCUCCCAAGGCUAAGAAGACUGGACCCAGCGUCAGCGAGCUCAUCGUCCAGACCGUGUCCGCCUCCAAGGAGCGCAGCGGAGUCUCUCUGGCCGGCCUCAAGAAGGCUCUUGGCGCCAGUGGAUACGAUGUGGAGAAGAACAAGGCUCGCAUUAAGGUCGCCGUUAAGAGUCUGGUGGCAAAGGGGAUCCUGGUCCAGACCAAGGGAACUGGGGCGUCCGGUUCCUUCAAGAUGAGCAAGAAGGCUGCCGAGAAGAAGGUCAAGAAGGUGGUGAAGAAGGCCCCUAAGGCCAAGAAACCAGCAGUAAAGAAGACCGCAGCUAAGAAACCCGCAGCGGCCAAGAAACCCAAGGCAGCCAAGAAGGCGGCAACCCCCAAGAAGUCCCCGAAGAAGGCAGUCAAGAAAGCCGCAGCGCCCAAGAAAGCCGCCGCCAAGAGCCCCAAGAAGGCCGCAAAGAGCCCCAAGAAGGUGGCGGCUAAGAAGGCACCAGCAGCCAAGAAAGCCCCCGCCAAGAAGGUCGCUAAACCCAAAGCCAAGAAGGCAGCACCCAAGAAGAAGUAA